GCGACAAGAGCUAUUCACGCAUGCUUCUCAUUCUUUGUUGUGAUAACUCUUCAUAAUUCUUGAUUGCGACCUUCAAAUUCACUUAUACGGCAUAGUUCUGUCAGGUCCCGAAUUUGUGCAAUCAUAGUCAUGGCUAGCAUUGGGGAAGGAACCCAAAAGAAGCGCAAGCUCACAGACGUUGAAGAGAUCGAGAUCGACGUCUCUGCCCCUGAGCCGCCAUCGAAGAAAGCUUUGCGCAAAGCGAAGAAAGCAGCCACUGCAAAGCCCUCCGAGUCUACCACAGAGACUGAAGCGGUGGCCGCUGUCGAAAAACCUACUACUGCCCCCCAAAAGCGUUCAGAUCACGGUGUCUGGAUUGGAAAUCUUGCCUUUUCUGUCACGAAGGAUGAUCUGCGCACCUUCUUGACGAGCAACUGCUCCUUCGCGGACACGACCAUUACACGCAUACAUAUGCCCAAGGGCGCGGAAAAGUUCGGAAAAUCUCAGAACAAGGGCUUCGCUUAUGUCGACUUCUCCACUCAGAAGGCGGCCGAAGAGGCAAUUGGCCUCAGUGAGCAGCUCCUAACGGGUCGUCGCGUGCUUAUCAAGGAUGCAAAGAGCUUUGCUGGAAGGCCAGAUAAACCCAAGGAAGACGGUCAAACGGGCUCUGCAGCAUCCGGCCAUGCCCCCUCCAAACGCAUAUUUGUCGGCAACCUCGGCUUUGACGCCACCAAAGAAUCCAUUGAGGAACAUUUCGCUCAAUGCGGUACUGUGGCUAACGUACAUGUGGCGACCUUCCAGGACUCCGGCAAAUGCAAGGGUUACGCUUGGGUGGUGUUUGAGGAUCUUGCCGCAGCUGAAGCAGCGGUGAAAGGCUAUGUGCUAGUGAAAGAGGAUGAGGAGGAGGAAGACGACUCCGAACCAGAAGAGCGCAAAAAGCCCAGGAAGCCCCGGCAGAGGAAGAUUUGGGUGAACUUCCUUCUGGGACGGCGGCUGCGUAUGGAGUUCGCCGAAGACGCCACUACUCGCUACAAGAAACGGUUCGGAAAGGACGGCGAGGGCAAGAGAAAUAACAACUCAGAGACCGGCGAUGCCGAGGCCGGAGAAUUCGAAUCCACCGAAGAGCAGCCUCGCCAAGCACGACCUCCUAGAGCCAAGCAAGCGAAGCCCGAAUAUACAAGAUACGACCAGGACACAGUGCAGAAGCUUAGUGGUGCCAUUGUUGAAUCCCAGGGCAAGAAGACCACCUUCGAUUAAAGGUGAUCAGUAAGGCGAUGAGAGCAAGCACGUGGACGACAGACAGGCUUUGAGGGUCGGACGUUGGCCUUAAAAUGAAGAACGAUACUGGAGGGAGACCCUCAACUGUGUACUCUGGCCGUUGAUUGUCACUCAUCGAUAACGCGCGAGAUUGUGAGCUGGUCAAGCCUUGCAUGGUCGAGAGUCGCUUGUCGCUUGGUCUGAAUUGCACGGGGAAGGAGGUAUUUCCUCGACUCCAUUCAUUGGACUGAUACUCCACCGGUUCCGCUGGUACGCAUAAGUACCGUGUAUGUAUAUAGACUUGUAGCAGAAGGGAAGGGGAAGGAGGGUGUGGAUCCAAGGCAGAUUGCAGGAAGAAGGGACUUAUACCCUUACGAUGAUUUCGGAAUGAAAAUGAUUGAUUAGCUUCGUAUCAAAGAACCAGCUGAUCAUUGCAAUCGUUGUCAUUUAUAU